AUGCCGCGGACCAGUGCAGUGGAGUGCCCUGGUUGUCCCCCCAUUAGGGCUUUGACUUUCGAUGUCCUCGGUCUUGUUAAAGUCAUUGAAGCUCGUGGCAAGCCCGGGAUUCCGAACGUGGUCGCUAGAUGGGGUGAACCUGAUUCUUCUCGCUGCGUCCUCGCUGCUUCAAUCGAUGACCGUAAAGAUGACCCUUUGCUGGCUGUUGCAAGGAAAAAUGGCUUGAUUGAGUUGCUUAAUCCUUUAAAUGGGGAUCUUCGCGUCACCAUAUCAAAAGUUGGUGAUGCUGUUCAUGCUCUAGAAGAUGAUCCUAUCUCUGGGCUGCAUUUAUUCCGAAGAGAGAGGUUGGAGCUGUCGUCCAGGUUGUGUACAGUGCUUACAUGCACAAAGAAAGGAAAAGCAAAUCUGAGAUCUGUUGGAGAUGCUGAUUCACCAACAGAUUCUACAUGUUCUGGGUCUACAAAAACAUGGGAUGUAUGUGCUGCUGGUGAUAUUUUAUGCUCUGCAGUAGAUGGAAAUGAAAAUUAUGCCUUUUUUGGUGGGAAGGGUGUUGAAGUUAAUAUGUGGGAUCUUGAGAAGUCUAGUAAGAUCUGGACAGCAAAACCUCCUCCUAAAAACAGCCUUGGUAUAUUCACUCCAACUUGGUUUACAGCUGCAACAUUCCUUUGUAAAGAGGAUCAUCGUAAGAUUGUGGCUGGGACCAACAGCCACCAGGUGCGCCUCUAUGAUAUUUCCUCACAGAGAAGACCUGUUAUUUCAUUUGAUUUCCGAGAAUCCCCAAUUAAAGCACUCACUGAAGAUCCAGAUGGCUAUACUGUCUACUUUGGAACUGGUUCUGGUGACCUUGCAUCUGUUGACAUGCGCACAGGUAAAUUGUUGGGGUGUUUUGUUGGAAAGUGUUGUGGGAGCAUUAGAUCCAUAGCCAGGCAUCCAGAACUCCCUGUGAUCGCCUCAUGUGGUCUUGAUGGCUACUUGCGUUUCUGGGACUCAAAAACACGGCAAUCUCUUUCUGCAGUUUUCCUGAAGCAGCAUCUCACAAAUGUUGUUAUUGAUUCAAAUUUUGUCUAUCAAGAAGUGGCUGGAACUGCUGUGGAUCCGCCACAAAAUGAGGCAGAGGAGGCAAUUCAAACCCCAGUAAUGGAGAAUGAACCGUUGCCUAUGAAAAGAAGAAAGACAUCUGAGGAAAGCCAGCAGAGAAAAAAGAAGCCCAAGAAGAAGAGCAAGAGGGUCAAAGAUGAGGAUGAUGACACAUCAUGAUCCAAUUGGCAUCUUUCCUUUACUCCUUAUGACUGCAGAUGCCACAUCAUGAUCCAUUUUCCAUAUAUGCUGGACGAGAAGAGCUGACAAUUUGAGCAUAUAUUGUUGGUUUAAAUAAUUUUCUCAUGGUUGUUGUCAGUAUUGAGAAGAUUUCCCCUGGAAACACUGGAUCAUGCUCCGACGAGAAAGUUUUGUGAUUAGUUAAGCAGUUGAUUUAUCAGGGAUUUUGUUUAUUAGUGGGAGCAUUUCCAUUAACAGAAUUAGUGAAGCUUAUACAUUUUCAAGUCUAAAGCCCAAAGUGGUGAAUCAGGUUCUUGGUGCAUGACUGAAAUGGCCAACAUGAUCAGGGGGGUCUGUGAAA